AUGGCGUACGGGACGAGCGACGCCCGUGUUUCUCGCGGGGCUCAUGGCGUCCGCGCUGACGCAGACCGCCUGGUCACGAAGCUGCAGCAACAGGCUGAAGUCGCCGACGAUCGGCGCGCUGAGGCCGAGAGGGCCCUUGCAACGCUCCUCGGCGACGGCGACGUGGCCGCUCGCGUGGGCUGCAUCCUCCUAGCCCUGUGCCAGGGGCGCGCCUGCUCGUCGCGGACGCGAUGGAGCUCCAAGGCGGCGCAGCACGGGCCGAGGUUGGAGAACGGGGUCCUGGAGCGGCAGCUGAAGACGGGCGGUUUGAAGUGGAACAUCAACGCUCCAGCCUUCGUGCCGAUGCUAGCGGACCUGGGGAUGGGCCGCGCCAUGGUCGGCAACACCCGCCACGGCAUGGCGCCCGAAGAGUCCCUAUGGUUCACGGAGGCACCGGUCUUGGCGGACGAGCUGGAGAGCCCUGGCAGCGCCCAGCCGUACGUGCCCGAGCACGUCGGCCAGGUGCUGGGCGACAGCAUCACCAAGGUCGACACCUCCGCGCAAGUCUCAGAGGGGCUGGGCUGGACGGCCAUUGCCCACAAGCAGGUGCUGGAGCAUGCUGCGGGGGAGGACCAGGCUCGGCCUUUCGUGCGGCGUCGGGAGCGCUUGGCCCGAGCCUCGCGGGCCGCAGUGGCCGAGCUCCAGCGGCUCCUCCAGGAGGCCAGGGACCGUGUCGACAGUACCGCACUCGACGCAGCCCGCGGAGGCGGUGGCGAGGAGCGGGCCCACCUCGGCCUCGCGGCGGCGGCUGACGACAUGGUCGCGGUCGAGAUGAGGCUGGCCGACGCCGAGCGCAUGCAGCCCAGGCUGGAUGGGUACGGCCUCGGCCCGAGGCUCGAGGACGCCUCCACUACUGGCCCUGGCGGAGCCACCAGGUUUCCUGGCCCAUGGGCGGCAGGAUUCGUUUCGGGCCUGCGGGAAGCGGGCGGCGACGACGGUUUCGACGUGGAGCGGAAUGCCGCCGACGGCGGAAGCGGCGGGCCGCAGCCUGGCGGGCCCCAUGCCGCCGCGGGUGCCCGCGCCCGCGACCUCUCCCAGCUCUUCGCCGCCUUCGAAACGGAGAUCAGGAGCUGA